GACUCCCGUCGGUUUGCUCCUCUCGGUGGAGGAGAGAUGGGGAGGCGUUGCGCUGGGGCUGAGGUAGGAAGGACCCCGCCCCUCGACGCCUAACCCUCCCGCGACGCUAGAGCCUGAGCCGUGAUGCGAGCGGGGGUCCUGCUCUCCGCGGUGCUCUGGUACCUCACAGGAGUUGGAUGGCAGCGUAAUUCCGAGCGCACUGAGAAAGGCUUCAUUUAUGGCAAGCCGGGACACCCAGUGAAAGUAUACGUAAAAUUACAUCACAAUAGCCCAAACCUUGUCUGUAUGGAUUUGAAACGCGCUGAAAAAGAAACAGUGGACCCCACCUACUUAUGGGUUGGGCCUAAUGAAAAGCCAUUAACAGGAAAUAAUAAAAUAGAUAUAACUAAAACAGGAAAGCUGAUGGUGAAAGACUUUCUGGAGCCUUUGUCUGGACUUUACACAUGCACUCUUUCUUAUAAGACUGUCAAAGCAGAAACCCAAGAAGAAAAGGUAGUAAAGCAGAGAUAUGACUUCAUGAUCUUUGCCUACCGGGAACCUGACUAUUCAUAUCAGAUGGCUGUACGUUUUACCACAAAAUCUUGUGUAGGAAAGUAUAAUGAUCUGCUUUUUAAAGUGCUGAAGAAAAUCUUGGAUAAUUUAAUCUCUGAUUUGUCAUGCCAUAUCAUAGAACCAUCAUAUAAAUGCCAUUUUGUUAAAGUCCCAAAACAUGGCCUCAUUCCUGAGCUAUUUAUAGCCUUUCAAGUUAAUCCUUUUGCACCAGGGUGGAAAGGUAAAUGCAAUGAGUCUGUUGACUGUGAAGAUACCACUAACCAUAAUAUCCUCCAGGCAAGAAAUCGAAUAGAAGAAUUUUUCCGGAGCCAAGCAUAUAUUUUCAACCAUGACAUUAAUAAAACUCUACCAGCUAUGCAUUUUAUGGACCACAGUUUUCAGAUAGUACGAAUAGAUAGCUGUCGUCCAGGCUUUGGAAAAAAUGAAGGUCUCCACAGCAAUUGUGCUACCUGUUGUGUGGUUUGUGGUCCUGGGACUUUUAGUCCUGAUGUUGAUGUUACAUGUCAGACCUGCGUUUCUGUCGAAAUCUACGGAGCUAAAUCUUGCCCAUGAAACUUCAAACAAAAACUGCAACGUGAAGACUAGAGGUGAAAGCAUUGUUACUUGCUUGUGGAGGUGGCGGACAUAAGAUGAUUUGUUCACAUCCCAGAGUGUCAUAGAUAGUUCCAGUAAGUAAGAUCAGUAAGACCAAAACAUUGGAAAAACAUACCUUUUAGAAACCCUAAAAAGAUAGUUGACAUGGCAUUUCUAAGAAGGCAUUUAAUAUCUCCAGUGUGCAAAGGAAAGCGUAAGUAUCAGUGGAUGAGUUUUACUGAAAUAUGUUUUGUUGUUUACAAUCUGUUUCCAUGUACCUAAGACUGUAUUAAGGUAAA